AAGGCGGAGCCCCUUAAGUCCGUCCACGCGUCCGGCCCUCCCCGACUUAUAACCCGCAUUUCCAUGCUCCCCCCAAUUUCUCACCUCCAAGAUUCCAUUUAAACACAAACCCGAUCCGUUUCUCGGCGAAAAAAUAGAAAUAGAAAGCGGAAAAAAGAAAAGAGAGAGAGUGAGAUAGGAGGCGGGGCCGAUCGGUUCGGAUCCCGGAUCCGUGCGAUUGGCGGAGCGAUCUCGGCCGGACCGGAAGGAAUGGAGGCCGGAACGGACAGCCGGCGGCGGCGGAGGAGCGGCGGCGACGGCGGCAAGAUGUCGAGGGCGAAGGCAGCGGCGGCGGAGGACGGGAAGACUGGGUGCGGCCGCCACCACCACCGGCGGGGGCACCGGCCGCGGCUGGUGAGGUACGAUGAGCUUCCGGACUACCUCAAGGACAACGAGUUUAUCCUGGACCACUACCGCGCCGAGUGGCCCGUCUGGGACGCCCUCCUCAGCGCCUUCGCCUGGCACAACGAGACCCUCAACGUCUGGACGCAUUUGGGAGGGUUCUUUCUUUUCCUGGGGCUGACGGUAGCGGGGUCGAUGGACGCCAUCGAGGAGGUUCGCGAUGCCGUGGUGCCCGGUCUCUCUAGUUUUAUGGUUCGAUCGAUGAACGCCACGUUUGGGGGAAAGGCUUCAUGGGAGUUUUUCUCGGAGCCUCUCAUGGUGCAGUCCCUCGGGUCGAAUUUGACGUCCGGCGAUCGAGCUGUGCCGAGAUGGCCGAGGCUAGUAUUCAUGCUGGGCUCCAUGAGCUGCCUUGCCUUCAGUGCAGUCUCCCACCUCCUCGCGUGCCACUCGCGCCGCUUCAACCUCUUCUUCUGGCGGCUCGAUUACACCGGCAUCUCCAUUAUGAUCAUCUCCUCCUUCGUCCCUCCCAUCUACUACGCCUUCUUCUGCAACCCCCUCGCCCGCCUCGUCUACCUCACCACCAUCACUGCCCUCGGCCUCUCUGCCAUCGUCGCCCUCCUCGCCCCGGCCCUCUCUUCCCCUCGCUUCCGCCCGCUCCGCGCCUCCCUCUUCCUCGCCAUGGGCCUCUCCGGCGUGGUUCCGGCGCUCCAUGCACUGUGGAUCCACUGGGAGCACCGCGAGUGCCAUGUGGCGCUGGGUUUGGAGGUGGUGAUGGGCCUGGCCUACGGCAUUGGGGCAGGCGUCUAUGUCAGCCGGGUGCCGGAGAGGUGGCGCCCCGGGGCGUUCGACAUCGUCGGCCACAGCCAUCAGAUAUUCCAUGUGCUCGUGCUCGUCGGAGCGCUCACCCACCACGCUGCCACCACCGUGAUCCUCGACUGGCGGGACCAAUCAGGCGGAGCCUGCGCCGCAUCAUCCCGUGGCCUUGGUCUUGCCUUCUGAUACGGCUUGGUUUGGUCUGUGUUUGUCAGUAGGAGGCUGCAUGCUUUGUUUUGGAGUAGAGAAGGCUGAAGAGAGGGGUGGCGAGUUUGUCAUCAGCGGCAUACGGUGGAAGAAUUUGUGGAACAAAGCUGCUAACGGUAGCUGAGAGGGGAAAGGGAGAAACAAAGCUACGAGCAUGAAGUUAUUCUGCUCUUGUAUUGAUUUCAAUGUGUGCUAGGCUAAGACCAAUACCUGGGGCAGUUGGUAUAUUGCACACUUUGUUGUUGUGCCCCCCCCCCCCCCCCCCCCCAUUCAUCUAUGGAACAUUUCACCAAGAGCACUCUGAAGCUCUCAACCCCUUAAUAUUCAUAGCUGCUAUUUACUGACACUUUUUCCUUUUUUUCAUGAGGAAGCAAUGCAUAGGGGUGGAGUAUGGAGUGUUUCUUAUUCCAAAGAAUGCAUAUGACACUGAAAGUAAGGUUGUUCAUCCUUAGAGAAAACUGAGAAAAGAAAGUGAGAGAAGCAUUGAAUAGUUGUAUGGUUUUGAGUUCAUUCCUGAUGUCCUAAGCAAUGAAAAGCAUGGUUGCUUGGGAGA